ACGAGGCCCCGCCCCGUCUACCCGUCCCGCCUCCGCCCGCGGCUAUAAGGACGAAGGCGCGCGAGUGGCUGGCGCUGGGCAAAGAACAGGCGAGCGCACCCCGCAGCCACUGCAGCCGGGAUCCCCGAAGCCAGCCGCCAGCAGACGCGCUCUCCGAGCCCGGGUGGACCCGGUGUCCCCGUGCGCCGCGGGUCAGACGCGCUCUCCGAGUCCGGGUGUUCUCGUGCGCGCGGGUCAGACGCGCUCUCCGAGCCCGGGACUCUGUCCCCCUGUGCGCGGGUGUCUGAGUGCAGCAGCUCCCAGGACGCGCAGCCGGCCGAGCCUCCCCAUGAAGCCACCAGCCGCGCAGGGCAGUCCGGCCACCCCAGCGGCCGCAGCCCCGCCCGCUGAGGACCUGACGGACGCGCUGUGCGAGUUUGACGCUGUGCUGGCUGACUUCGCGUCGCCCUUCCACGAGCGCCACUUCCACUACGAGGAGCACCUGGAGCGCAUGAAGCGGCGGAGCAGCGCCAGCGUCAGUGACAGCAGCGGCUUCAGCGACUCGGAGAGUGCUGAUUCGCUGUAUAGGAACAGCUUCAGCUUCAGUGAUGAAAAACUGAAUUCUCCAACGGACUCAACCCCAACCCGGCUCUCUCCCACUGUUCCUCCCCGGAAAGCCAAACUAGGAGACACAAAAGAGCUUGAAGACUUUAUUGCCGAUCUUGACAGAACAUUAGCAAAUAUGUGACACAGAAAGAAGAUGAAGGUCCACUGAUCCUAAGGGAGAAACUGCAGGAAGGUAUAAGGACAUGGGAAAACCAGCGACAGACUGUGCUAUGUGCGGAGGGAGUGCUCCCUGACCACUGGACCAUCCCAUCCCUGAAGCCUGUCUUUGGAUUCAUCUCUGGGCAAUUUAGACCAUGAUAUGGACUCUGUUUACUUGCUUACAGUGGAUUAGAAAAGACUCUAUGCUAAUAUAGUAUUUUCUCUUAAAACAUAGCUUUCCUGUAAUUUAAAAUGCUUUAAAGAACAUAUUUGUAAUUAAUUAUAUAUAGUUUGAAACUGUAAUAUGCUUUUCCCAUUAUAAUAUAUUUUUGUAUACAAAUAAAAUUUGAACUGGA